GGAAAUUUACACAAGUCCACCGCUUUUCAACUCGAGAAAUUCAGUUCCCUUGCUCGAUAAUCCCAUUUCCCUCUUCAGAUUUCUGAAAAAUGGUGUAGAAGAAAAAAUUAAUUUGCAGGGACAAGCUCGGAAAUCGCUUCUUUCUUUUGAAGAUAAUCUUCUUCGUUUUCUCUGGGAAAAUGAAGGAACCUGAAAAGAGCGCAGGGAAAGCCGUGUGUGGGGAGACUACUGUCGCAGCAGAACUGGGUAAUUCUCUGGACGCAGAUCCCAAAACUCUAAAAGACGAAUCCGAAGCUCCCAGGUUGUCGUCUUGUGGGGUUUUAGUUGAAAAUUCCCGAGAAAAUGGGGUUAGGGUUUCUACAAAUGGUAAGGAAGUUUUGGAUGAUCGCUUGGAUGGGAAAGUCGUUGAGACAGAUAAGACCAGGGUUCUCGAAACUGAAAUUUCGGUCGGGAACAAUUUUGGGUCGAGCGGUGAAGAGGUGGGGCUGGAAGACUCUGAGAUGAAUGGAGUCUCCUCUUUGUUGAAAAUGCGAGAAGGUGGUGAAAGAAAAGGGUUUGGCUCUUUCAUAGAUGCCUUGGACGAGAAAGAAGAAAUGGGUAAUGAAAAGGUUGUGCCAGCUGGUCUUACUUCCAGUGGCAAUGGUGUUUCCUUUUUAGUGGAUAUUACUGGUAGUAUGAAUAAUAUUGCUGACAAUGAAAGUAGAGAUUUUGAUGACAAAGAGGAUAUGAAUGGGGACUUUGAGCAGACGAGUGAAAGAAAAGAUGGGCAAGGAGAUGAAGUGGGUGAUGAAGGAUACGAGUUUCAUGUUGGUGAUUUUGUGUGGGGUAAAAUUAGGAGUCAUCCAUGGUGGCCAGGGCAGAUAUAUGAUUUGUCGGAUGCAUCAGAUUUUGCAUUGAAGGUAAAACAGAAAGGUAGGCUGCUUGUUGCUUACUUCGGGGACGGAACUUUUGCUUGGUGCCAUCCGUCACAAUUGAUACCUUUUGAGGAUAAUUUUGAAGAGAUGUCAAAGAUGAGUAAUUCCAGGAAUUUCAUCAAUGCUGUACAGAAGGCAGUUGAUGAGAUGGGUCGACAGGUGGAGUUGUUGUUAACUUGCUCUUGCGUGCCAAAAGAGAAUUUAAAUGGAACUAAGAGACCAUUAGCUGAGAAUGCUGGUAUCAAGGAAGGAAUUGCUGUGCCAGAAGGUGGAACACGAAAGCUUGCAGAAUCUUUAUUUCAACCCACCAAAAUUCUUGCUGAGGUGAGACACCUUGCAAAGGGUGCUUCUCUGACUAAUUUUCUUGAAUAUGCGGUGUUGAAGAGCCAGCUAUCAGCAUUUUACAGAACCAAGGGAGGCUAUCAAUUGCCAGUUUACCAUGAACCUCAUUUGAUUUCAGGUCUUGAAGAAGAAGAAACAGAUUCUGGCAUUAACAGAAGUGAUGAGUAUAAUGCAAUGGAAGUGCCAAUUCAAGGGCCAGUUGAAGAAGAUUGGAUUUCUUCUUUUGUGGACCUUAAAUUUGAAAAAACCUGCCAAAGCUUGUUGCAUCAGUGCUCUGGUGUGUCGGAAGAUGGGCGGCACCAAAGAAGAAAGCAGAAAAGCAUUGCUGAAAUUAUGGAAGGAGAGAAAAUUGUGCAGGCAAAAAAGGAGGGUUCUGGGGGUAAAGAAGCAUCAUCAUCCGUUAGCAAGAAGAGGAAAGGCAGCAGUGAGGCUGAUGGCAACCUGAGUGCCACAUCUAUGUCUGCCCCCAGGAAAAAGAAAGUGACUGAGCUUUCAGGAUCUCAUACAGCUACAGAGAGUGCUGUUAGCAGUGUUGAAAAUGAUGGAGGUGGACCAAAGGAAAAAGUUCAGGGUGGCCCUUCAACAAGGGGAAGGAGGAGCAAAGAUUCCACUUUGGAAAAUACUACUGGUGGGUCCAAAGAAGAAACUUAUAUGAGCCAUGUGUCUGCUACUAGGGAAGGUCCAUCAACACGGGGAAGGAAAAAGGAAGGCUCCACUUCGGGAAAUGAUGGUAUAGGGGACAAAACAGAAACUAGUGACAACCCAUUGUCUAAGUUAAAAAAGAAGAAGAAGCAGGAGGAUAAUUCUAGAUUUCAAGAUGAUGAUUGUGAAGCCAAUGAACAAACUGAGAGGGAUCAUUUACCAAGGGAAAGGAAGAAGAGCAGGUACUUGUCCCCUCCUUAUACAGACCCAAAUCAGAGUCAUGUUCGGUCAGGGGAUCGGACGACUAAAUCUGUUGAUGACCUAAUUGGGUCUCCUCCAAUUUUGAAGGCUAGUGCUGAAGCUUCCAGUAAGAAAAUUUCCAAAGAACUUGAUGGGCACAAGAAAACAGAUAAUUUAAGUCCUCAAACACCAAAAGAGGAUCAGAAUGAGGCCAUUGAUUCAUCAAAAGUCAAGGCAUCUGUAAACAAAGUGGUAACCAAGAUCCGGUCAGUAGCUCUUAGUCCUCAAUAUGUAAAGGAAGAUAGCUCUAUUGAUAUGGUUGAAGAUUUCCUGUCUGCUUUUAGAAGCUCAAUCUAUCGCAAUGGGUCCAACUACAAAAUGUACAAUCAGAGUACCAGAAAGAGAAAAUUGGUAGACUCUGAACCUGAAUCCUCAGGAGUAGACCAGAAUCAGACUGAACAGAGAUCCCUUGAAUGCCAUGCCACGAGGGUAAAGAUAAAAAAGAGUGAAAAAACAAAAACAGAGAAGAUCAAAUGCAAGCAAGCUUCUAAGGGAUUGGAUUUGGAAACAAAUGAGUUAGAAACUAAUGGGCAAGAUCCAUCUGCGGAACUCUUUGUGACUUUUGGCCCAGGUUCAUCCUUACCAUCCAAGAAUGAUCUAAUCACGAUAUAUGAGAAGUAUGGACCUCUGGACAAAGAGGAAACUGGGAUGUUCCAUGACAACUGUGCUCGUUUGGUAUUUCUCAGGAGCUCUGAUGCCACCAAAGCAUUUAACAGCUCGCAAAGUGCCAGUCCAUUUGGAGCCACCUCAAAAGUAACUUUCCAUCUCUGUGUUAAGUCUGCUGCAUCCAAGGUUCGAGAGCUUAAGGACAUACCCAAUCCAAAGCCUUCUCCUAGGUCUAAGGAGAGAGAUAAGAUUGUACCCAAUUCAAAACCUUCUCUAUCAUAUUCCAAAGAAGGAGGCAAGACUGAGAACAAACCAUCUGCUUCAAGAUCAAACGAUGGUGAAGGCUCGCAGCUUGAUUACAUUAGGCAGAAACUGGAGAUGAUGACUUCAAUGCUGGAAAAAUCAGAUGGAAAAAUGUCUCAGCAGAUUAAAUCCAAGUUGGAGGCUGAAAUGAAAGGGCUUUUGAAGGAGGUAAGCACAAUGGUUGAGUCUUCAUCCUAGGAUUUUUAGGGGUUCCAGGACCAGGACACAUUUACUUGGAGAUUCAAUAUGCAGGUGUAGGGCAAUAUAAUGCAUUUAGAGUGGUUUGCCUGGUAGGUAUAAGCGGUAAGCCAUGGUUCUGUAUUUUAAUGACAAACUUGGGUUGGUUUUGUUCGCGAAGUUGUAACUAGCUGCAAUAUGCUUUUAUCAUGUUUACAGAGAUAAAAAUAAACAUUCAGGCGUC